CCACCACCCACCAACCACACUCCUCCGAAUUAGUGUUUUCGACUUCUUUCUGAAGUGCAGGUUCAUGAGCGAGUGUACACGUGUAAGACACCGUUAUUGUCACCCCAACCAGUCGCGUUCCCUCUGCUCGCCUGAACUAUCAGGAGUAACCUUCCCCAUAGCUCUUAGCCCGCUGACGCCAGCGCAUCGUUAUUAGGCCUCUAAGUUUAACGCUAACCACACUCUACUAGCCCAAGCAAGUCACGAUGCGUUCCUUAUUUCCGUCUCGAUCGCCUAAUACUUACCUACGUUAAACCGGCAAUCCCACCAAUGGCAUCUUCAUCCGCAUACAUGCAGCGCCCCACUACCGGCGGCGGCGGCGGUGGCGGCGGCGGAGGCGGUGGCGGCCGUCACACUUCCGCCGGUGCUGUCCGCCCCGCCACUAGCGGGGGCAGGGAGGGCAGCGCGCGGGGUAAGUCAGCGGGAGCUCCGUGGCACAACCCCGCGCGGAACAGCCACGCCCCGCUGGGCGACGAGGAUGGCGGGGAAUGCUUCCCCUCGCCCCGCUGCCACCCCGCUGAUACUGCUUCCGCCGCCAGGCGCCACCGUUCCGCCUUCGACUCCCGCCGCGGGGGGGGGCACGUCGCCCGCAGCGGCGCGUCCGGCUGCUUGGACGGGUAUUUGGGGGAAGGGGGGGCGGAAGCUGGUAUUGAGGCGCCUAGAAUUCGGUAUUCGGGGAAGGGGAGGGCGGAAAUGGCCGAGAUGGCGGAGAUGGCGGAGGAGUGGCCCCCGCGAAGCUCAGUGCGGCGCUCGAUGCGGCGCACGGGAUCCAUGGAGGUUUCCGCACUCAUGUUGCGCGCCAAUGAUUUCGACUCCCCGAACUCCCGCGGCCUCUCCGCGGGCUGCAGCAGCCGCGCAGGGAAGGGGCGCGCGGAACGCGGGGAACACGUAAAUACGCGGAGCAAGGAGGCGGGCAGCCGGAAGGAGAGAGAGGCGCGGCAUGGGAGGCGGAGCGAGCACGCGGACGGUGCGGCGAUGGCAAGAGUUUCGCGACAGGGCGCGGAGGAGACGCGCGAGGGCGCAACGGGGCGGUGGGGCGGCGGGAAUACGACGACGACUGUAGAUAACUACCGAGACGAGGAGGAGGGGGAGGAGCAGGAGGGGGAAGACGAGGAGGCAGGCGACACGAGCUGCGACAUGUCGCCCUAUGCGACGGGCGACACGUUCUGCGACCUAUCGCUCUACUCUACAGGCGACACGAGCAGCUACAGGAGCAGCCGACAGUCGCGCUCCAGCCAGGAGUCGGACGAGGCGGACAGCGCCGCGGCGGGGGGGGCGCGCGCGGAGGAUGCGGCGGGCGCGGGUACGGCAGCAGCAGGAGCGGGAGGAGCGGGAAGAGCGGGAGGAGCGGGAAGAGGGGGAGGAGCGGGAGGAGUAGGAGGAGCACCGGGGCGAGGAACACGAGGAGUAGGAGGCGCGGCAGCGGCAGCAGAAGCAGUACUAGCAGACGAUCAUGGUGAGGCGGCAGGGCAGAGAGCCAGAAUCGGUAGGAGGAAAAGCGGGGUGCGAUGGGAUACUGCAAUCCAGGAUAACGAGGAGGAGGAAAGGGAGAGGGAGAGGGAGAGGGAGUGGGGAAGGGGGAGGCAGGGAGAGGGGAGGAGGGGGAGGGGAAGAGAAGAGGAUGGGCAAGCAGCGGAUCGAGGGGAAGAAGCGGACGAGGAGGAGGAGGAGGAGGAGCGUGCUUCGCGCUCCCCGCACUCCUGCAGCAGCAGCUACCUGCGGUCGCCCACGGGUAGCAGUGCUGAGUCGCCGAGCGGACCCGCCACACCGCGCCACCUCCGGGCCACUGCUGGCAGCAGCAGUAGCAGUAGCGCGAGACGGGAGAGUGGCAGUGCAGGUAAUGCGGCUGGUGCCAAGAGAUCGCCGCAGGAGAGCGGGAGUCGACUGACCGGUGGAUCUAGAAAGGGGAGAAUGAGGGGUGACGACAACGAGGGACGGGAACUGGGGGGGGGAGAUGGGGAGGAGGAGGAAGGAGCAGAGGCAGGGGCGGUAGGGGAGGAGGAACGGCGAGGAGGGAGAGGGGAGGGCGUGGCGCGAGGGGGAGUGAUGUGUUUUGAGGCAGGGCUGAGGUCCCCCCAGGGGCAGGUGGUUGCGGGCAUGGUGCUGCGGCCCGCGUCCCUUGCGCUUCCUGCAACAGCAGGGCAGGGGUGCACAGGGACAGCAGGGGUGCAACAUCAGGCAGUCACUGGCGGUGCUCCCUUUGAAUCUGGGAGCCAUUCUCAGGAGCCGAGGGGGCGAGAACAGGGGGAGGAGGAACGCCGAGGGGGGGGGGGGCGGUUGUCUCGGGGGGUGUCCAUGUCAGCAUGUGCCCUAAGACGGCUGCAUGAGGAGGGGAGUGAUUGUAACAGUAACGGUAACAGCGAUAGUGAGAGUGAUAGUAACGGGGGGAGCUAUAGUGGAGGUGGUACUACAGGGGGCGUGAAACACACUGGUGAGGGGAGUGCGGAGCGCAGGAAGGAGGGGAUCUUCAGGGGUGGGGAGAUGAGAGGGGCUAUGGGGGUGGUUAUGGGGAAGGGGAGUGGGCUGGGGAGGGGGAGCGUAAGUGUGCGUGGGUUGCGGUCAAUGUCGCACCACGGGCGGCACAGCAGCAUGUCCUGGGCGGCAGAAGCGGCCAUACAGGCAGCGGUAGGUGUGGGAGACAGGCUGACUUCUGGGGGGGAGAGAUUGGCACGUAGGGAUUCGAUGCCUCUGCAGGCGUUGGCGCAUGUGGAGGCGCUUGACGGGGGAAGGGAGGAAGGGGCCGGGGGACAGGGGAGGGGACAGGGGAGGGGACAGGGGAACCGAGUGCUAGACUGGGAGAGGGAUGAGGUGCAGGGUGGGGAGAGGAGAAGAAGUGAUGGCGACGGCUCGCAUUCCCCUCGUGUGAUCCGGAAUAGCAGUGCUGACGCUGCCACGAGCAACGGCAGCAGCAGCAACACUGGCGGCGCCCGCAGCAACCUUGGUCUGCUCGCAGGAAACCAGCGCCACCAGCAGCAGCAGCAGCAGCAGCAGGAACAGCAGCAGCGGUCACCUUUCUCACCCAAUCCCCGCCUCCCCCACAUAUCACCUCCCCUUCGCCAGCAGUCCUGUGUCGCCCUCCUUGAACCCGACCCCUCCCUCUCCGCCUCCUCCUCCCCCUCCUCCUCCGCCUCCCAUUCUCUCCGCCCCCCUGCCCGCACCAUCUCCCGAACCCUAGACGCAUGCCAGGCUGCGGGGAUAGGCGCAGGGGGGGUGGUGCUCCCUUCGGGGGGCAGCAGGGGAGGGGGCGCGGGGGGAGUGGCGGAACGCAUGGCAGGGCGCCUGGCGUCCACUCUGUCGGGGGGAUUGCUGGGGCUGGCGCGGCUGGGGAGUGGGGUGCUGCUGGGGGAGGGCAGGGGGGGGAAGGGGGGGAAGGUGGGGAAGGUGGGCGGGGGGGAUGGCGCAGGGGAGCAUGAAGGUGAAGGUGCCAUUGGGUCUGCUGGUUCUGCUGCUGGUGCUGCUGCUGGUGCUGCAGCUGGUACUGCUGGCACUGUUGGCCCUGCUCGGGUAGCAUCCUCCCUAUCAUCACCCCUGUCCUCAUCAGCAUCCACUGCAGCACAAGCAGCAGCACGGGGAGAGGCAGGGGCAAAAGAGCAUGUGUUCCGCCCUGCCCCCGCAGACGCCUCUGCCCGCCCGCGCACUGCUGGCUUCCGCUCCGCCUCUGUCGCUGGCCCCUCCAGAGGGGGGGAUGCCCCGGGGGGGGGAGGCUUGGGGGAGCUGCUGGGCGGGAGCAGGGCGGAUAAGGGGCUGGGGCUGGGGUUGGGGAGGGGGAGGUUGCGGUCGUCAGGGGGGAGUGGGUUGUGGGGGGAAUGGCAAUCUUCCUCCCGCACUGGUGGCACUCUCAGCAGCUCCCUUGGCGCUGGUGGCUUGUUGACGGAGAAGGCAGCGGUCCAAGCACGGCCCGCCACAGCAGCAGCCCGCGUGUUGAGAUCACCCACUGGGAGCAGCAGUGGUGGUGGGGGUUUGGGGAGGGAGCAGGGGGAAGGCGAUGGGAUCCAGGGAGGGUUAGUGAGAGCUGCGGAAGGCAGUGGGAAGCAGCCAAGGUUUGUGUGCCUCGCACCUAGUGAGGACGAUGAGGGGAGUGAGGCGGGGAGUGCGAAGGGGAGUAAGGAGGGGAGUGAAAAAGAGAGUGAGAAAGGGAGUGUGAGGGAUAGAAGAGGGGAGGUACGAGAGGAGGACAACGAGUCUGUGGCAAGUAGUGAGCGGGCAGGGAGGGGAGUGCAGGCGUGCACCAGGCAAGGAAAGAACGGGGAGAGUGAUAAGGAGCCAGGGGAAGUGCACAACGAUAGGGUAAACGGCGGUAAUGGGAUGGGGGAGAGCAGGGCAGAGAGUGAGCCAGACAGUUUAGGGCCGCAUGGUAAGGGUAGGGAUCAGGGGCGGUUGGCCCCGCACCAAGCAAGCAGGAAUUCUCAGGCCGUAAAUGCACGGGGAUAUGAGGGUAUUGAUGAUACCCUGUGGCAGGACGCAGAGAGUCAGAGGAGUCGACAGGAGGAAUGGGAGGAUGAGGUGGGGGUUGAGGAGAGGGAGAAGGAGGAGGAGGUGAGAGAGGGGAGGGGGGAGAGGAGUGUUGGGCAGGUGGGGGGAAGUAAAAUGAGGCAAUUUGCUGGAGAUGAGGUGAAGGGAAGGUGGAGGGAGGGGGAGAGGGGAGGGUGGAGAGAGGAGGAGAGGUGGAGCAGAGGGGAUGCGGAGGAGGAAGAGGAGGAAGAAGAUGAAGAAGUGAGAGAGGAGGGAGAGGAGGGAGAGGAGGGAGAGGAGGAGGAGGAGCAAGAGGAGCAAGAGGAGCAAGUUGUGAUUAACAGGGAUACUUGGAGAGGCAGGAAUGGCACUGGGAAUGGGUAUGGGAAUGGGCAUGGGCAUGGGAAUGGGCAUGGGCAUGGGCAUGGGCAUGGGUGGCAAAAAGGUAACGGAAGGGGAGCGAGGGUAAAUGCGGGCUGUGAGGACCUUUAUGGCCCGAGCCGUGGGGGUGAGGGGGAGGAGGAGGAGACGGAUGAUGAUGGGUGGUGGAGGGAUGGGAGGCGGCGAGAUGACAGGAGGCGCGAGGAGGCGGUUGAGGAGGAGAGGAGGCGGGAGGAGUAUAGGAUUGGGGAGGAGAGGAGGGAGGGGGAGAGGAGACGGCGAGCAGAGGAGGAGAGGCGAAGAGGGGAGGAGGAGAGGAGUGAGGAAGCGAGGAGGCGAGAGGAGGAGAGGAUCCGGGAGCAGGUGCGAGCAGAGGAGAGGCAGAAGGUACUUGAGGAGUUGGAGCGGGAGAGGGAGCAGAGGAAGAGGGCGGAGGAGGAGUUAAGACGACUGGAGCAGGAGAAGCGGGAGCAGGAGGAGCGGAAGAGGGUGAUAAAGGAGAAGCGGAGAGCAGCCAAGGAGAGGCUGAGGGUUGAUGUAGCUGGGCUGCGCACACCCACGGCUGCCUUCCCCUCCUCCACCUCCUCCUCCUUCUCUACUACCUCCUCCCCUUCGUUCCCCUCCCCCUCCUCACUUAUGUCGUGCCCUGCUAGGUCCCCAUCCCGCCGGUCCGCCUCCCCACUGUCCGCCUCCCCCCUGUCCGCCUCCCCCUGUCCGCCUCCCCCCUGUCCGCCUUCCCCCUGUCCGCCUCCCCCCUGUCCUCCUCCCCCUUCCGCAAAACGGCGAGGAGCAGCAGAAUGGAGCAGCAGAGAGCAGAGGCGAGAGGCGAAGCUGCCUUCACAGAAGCGCCGCAGAGAAGGGGCAUUGCCGCCUGGGCCGAUGCUGUAGAUGCUGGGGGAAAGUGGCCAGGGGGU